CAAAUCAAAUCUAGAUCUGGGUUUUUCUCAAAUCUAGAUCUGGGUUUUUCUCAAACCCAUAUCUCCAUUGCCAUCUUCCACCCCCCCCCCCAUAACAUAGUUACUUAAGAUGCUCUCUUCUCCUCCUUUCUCAUCCUUGUUUGUCCCUUUCUCAAAACUCAAUGUUUCUCCGAACCCACCUCCUGUAACUCACGCCACACUCAAUUCUAUACUCCGAGUGCCACCGCCACAACCACCAGUCGUUAUACUUCUAGGGAAGAACAGGGAUCUUGUUAUCUGAGACCUCAGGGUAUGGCAUCCUGCACAUCGUUGUACAAGAUUCUGGGUAUAUCGGUGGGGCUAUGGAGACGAAUACAGGCGUUGACAGCCACGGGCAUCAUGAUGAUGAAGAUGAUCAGGGAGAUGGGGUGCCAAAACAAGUUGAGGAAGAGGAGGAACAUGACAACAAUCAUGUAGUUUGUGCGGAAGAAUGCGACAUUGGUUCCAAUUCUUUGUAGGGAGACGUUGACGUUGGAUGGGAAAAAUCCAUAUAUAGGUUUGAGAAAAAUCCAAAUCUGGAAUUGAGAAAAACCUAGAUUUGGGUUUGAUUGGGAGAGGAGGAAGAAGGAAGAAGAGAGAAAAAGAAUAGGAAGAAGAAAGAAGAAGGAUGAGUGGGGAAAGGAAGGAAGAAGUUUGAUUUUUGAAGGAUUGAGAGAGAGAGGAGAAGAGGAAGAAAAAAAUCCAGCACUGGUGAUGGUCAACCCAGAUUCGCUUAAUCUCUGUAAAGAAAAAAAACCUAAAAUGGUGAAAUGGAAAAAUGGAAUGAGAAGAGAUGUCGAAGGAAUAAUGGCCUAAGGACAAGAGAGAGAGACAGAGGGGAAGAGUGAAGAAGAACAGGCUUAGGAAUGAAUGAGAGAAAGAGAGGAAUGAUGAAGAAGAACAGGAGAAUGAGGAAGAAAAGGUUAAUCGACUU